UUUCUGUAACACACACGCUACAAGAUCACACCGGGAAAACGGAGAGAGGAAAGAAAAUUAUAGUCGAGAGAGAGGAGGAAGGAAACACCGCAGCCCCUCCGUCCGUUUGGUUGUUGUUUUUUUGGGGGGGGAGAAAUCGUCUUUUCUUUUCACGCAGACUUGCGGAAUAACAUGGGGGGAAGAGAGAGCUCCUGACGCGGAUUGACUUUCAGUGAACCUCUGCUCUGUGGUACAAGACUGGCUAAUAGACAGGGAGGAAAAAGGCGACAGGGAAGACAUGUUGAGGGUUUCUUCGUCUUGAUGUUGCUGUAGGAUGUUGAUGUUGUGCUCUUAAAAAAACCAGACGGAUCCUCGUAGAUAAAGAAAUCGAGGACAAAUGGAAAUUGGGCGGUAGGUUAUGCUCAGGAGCCAUUGUUUUAAUCGGUGUUUAUUUAAUUGGUGUGUUAUGAUCUGAGAUAACGUAGGCCUCUUAGGCAGCCCUGCAGUAAAUACAUACACGGUCAGCAAACGGGCUACAUAGCUGGAAAUUAACCCGACAAACCUGCUUGUGUUUCAGGUUACAUUUUUAAAGUGAGCCACUGUGUUUCGUAUUAAGGUAAAAGCGGCGUUUAUGAGCUUUUUCAACAAACUCUGUGGUUAGAGUACAUUUCUUAAACCAGAGAGCCACAACAUUUCCAGAUACAUCAACUCUUCAGGGGGGGGGGGGUCAUACAAAGGCCCAGUAUAAAAUACAGUAAAGGCUUCUUUGCAGCGUAAGAAGACUGUUUGAACUGCAGAGGAAAAUCUCCCACAGGCUGGCUUUAAGCACAAAGGUGCACACCGAGCAGGUAGUCUAUUUCACCCCCAGUUUAGCUCAAGGCAAGGGACAAAAGAAGAUUUUUAAAUGUUAAUGUCGACCGACGUUGCAUCCAUCAUGCUGCCUGUGUCCCGGGGUCUCAUAGACCGGGAUAGAGAGCUGGACACCAUGGUCGGGGUGCAUCCCAACGCGGGCGGCCCUCCUGCUGUUGUCCGGGGCAUGAAGCGCGGAGACCCAGAGCCCGACGGACAGACAGCGGCUGCUCUGGUGGACUCGACCGGGGCGGAGUGCAAGCGUCCCCGGAUCGACGGCUCGGGAGUGAUCGGCGAGGUUGGUCAGAACAAUGACCCUUUGACCCUUGGUUACCACGGCUACCCGUCUCUUAGUCAGGGCUCUCAGGAUAGUGCUGGUGGUCAGGAGGGACUCGUACCUCCGCCUUUCUCCGCAUUCCCUCCACCUCCACCACCGCCACCCCAGAACGGCCUAGCCCUGGAUUACGGGGGCAGCCUGUACGCAGCGGGGGCCGUCCAGGGCCCCGUGGAAGCCGGCGGAGCAGUGAACAGCGCCGCCAACGUUGCCAUCAGCCUCAGUGUCCAACAGUCAGAUGGGUCCUCCCAGAUUGACGGUCAGUCAGUUGUUGGCUCAGGAGGAGUAGGUGGUGGAGGGAGCAUUGGGGACGAUACAGACGCCAAAGGGACCCCAAAACGUCUCCACGUGUCCAACAUCCCCUUCCGCUUCCGAGACCCAGACCUACGGCAGAUGUUCGGGCAAUAUGGGAAAAUCCUCGACGUCGAGAUUAUUUUCAACGAGAGGGGAUCCAAGGGCUUUGGUUUUGUUACAUUCGAGACAAGUGCAGAUGCAGAGAGGGCCAGAGAGAAGCUCCACGGUACGCUGGUGGAAGGACGUAAAAUCGAGGUGAAUAAUGCCACAGCCCGAGUGAUGACGAACAAGAAGAUGACCACCCCUUACUCUAACGGAGAGGGCCUCGCAACUCUGCCAUACGCUGGAUGGAAGUUGAGUCCCAUGGUUGGAGCCAUGUACAGCCCUGAACUCUAUACAGUACCGGGCUUUCCUUACCCAGCAGCAGCAGCAGCAGCAGCAGCAGCAGCUGCCUCCACCGCUGCGACCUUUCGGGGCGCUCACCUCCGGGGUCGCGCCCGGCCCGUCUACAGCGCGGUCAGGGCAGCUGUGCCACAACCUGCCAUCCCUACCUACCCGGGUGUGAUGGCCUAUCAGGAUGGCUUUUACGGUGCAGCUGAUCUCUAUGGCGGCUAUGCAGCGUAUCGUUACGCCCAGCCGACUGCGGUAGCGACUCCUGCAGCAGCGGCGGCGGCUGCAGCAGCAGCAGCUUACAGUGACAGCUACGGACGAGUUUACACGGCAGACCCCUACCAUGCUGCGCUCGCCCCAGCGGCCUACGGCGUUGGAGCCAUGGCAACACUGUACAGGGGAGGCUACAGUAGAUUUGCCCCUUACUAAAGACACUACAUUUCCCAGGAGCUCCUCUCUUCCAUUGAAUUUCUCUGAAAGAGCUCCGUCUAUUGUCGUGGAGUUGGACUGCACCCGGUUUUAAAGUGUGGCGUCGACCACAACAAAGAUAUUUCAGAUCCCACCCCAGAGCAGUCCCAAGUUUUCUUAUAUACGCUACUACAGAAAUAGAGGAAUGCUGUAUUAAAGACUGACGGAUGGCCUUUACAUUAUAAAAAAAAAAGAAGAAAAACAAAGACUUAAAAUGGCCUCCUUCCCUAUUGCACGGCUGUAUUAUAGUCUCCCCUUCUUAAUCCCUCGGCACUCAGCAGCACAAGACUCGUGAUGGAGCCCAGAUGUUCUUCCAAAGGCUGUAUGUGGAUAACUGACAUUUAAACAGCUGUCAACCAUGUAUGAGAAAGAGCUGAGUGCUGUGUGGCCUGCACACACUCAACAUUUAAGGAAAAAGAGAGGGAAUCAAAGUGUCCACAAAAUGUUGGAGCGAUAGGAAGGUGCAUCGAAAGAGCACCGGAAAAACAUUUUAAACCAGAAAGACCAGUCAAUAAAUUGAUAAAAACACCCACUGAUGGAUUUUUAUAAUUCCUCCUUAACGUGGGCGGAUAGUAAAGAGAGGAUUUCCAGUCUUGCUGUGUUCUGGUAGAGGGAGACUGAACAUGGCGGACUGGAGGGAUGAUGUGUGACGGUUUAUAACGCUACAGAAAUCACGUCCGAAGGCUGAAGGCAGGGAGGGUUAUUAGAGCUGUUCCUUACCUCAAGUUUUCUUAGUAUGUGGAAAUGGUGAACCUUUAAACUUAAAAUUGUUAUGAUAUGCAAAUAAAUUAGUUUAGAGAAAAAAGUUACCAAAUUAUUAUUAUUAUUAUUAUUAUUAUUAUUAUUGUAAUUAUUCUCAUUAUUAUUCUUAUAAAACCAUUAUUUUUGUUUGAUUCAGCAGCCACUGACUGGGACAUGUAGAUCCAACAGUGAACCUUGGGGUUAAAUCAGAAAAUGAGCAUCCACCUUCUGACUGUAUGAAACAGCUAUAGUCUCACAUCAUCCUUCUCAUGCACAGGAUUUCACUACGCUCUGUGUGCAACCAUCACUACAACACUACAAAGAGUGCAACACUAAAACAUUGUCGUAUUUAAUUGAUUUUAGCUUUAGAUCCAAACAAUAUCAUCCACCCACAACCCUGAGGUUCAAGUAUUUGUUGAUCCUUUAAUGUAGAGAUUUAUGAUUUGGAUUUUCCCCUCAUGCUCCAUCUUUUAUAGAGCAAAGUCCAACAUUGAAUGAGUCUUCCUGAAACAUACUUUAGUAGGUAAAUGUGUUCGAGAUGCUGCCAGCAGCGAUUACUGAGCAAGAGAGAGAUUGUGGCGGUGAGUUAAUAGAAAAUAUUUAAAUGCAAAACAUCUUACUAUUGUGCAUAUUUCUAUACCGUUGUAUUCUAUAUUUCCAAAACGUGGAUUUUUUUUGGCUUUUGUUUUUGUUCCAAAGAUUUGUAGAAAGCACAUUUUUCUGCCGUAUGUAUAAAUAUAUUAUCUUUGUUAUUGUUAUUAUCAUAAUCCUAUGGCUGUCUUUAUUUACUUAUUUUUCAUUUUCUGUUUUUGUCCUUUUGGUUAAAUAUUCAGUCAAUCCAGGCUACGUUUUGUUUUGUUUUGGGUUGAUUAUAGGAUCCGUUAGCAUGGCAUUUGAUUAUAUUUCAAAAAUAUACAGGAACGGCUGGAUUUUUCUUGUGUCCAUAUUUUGCAGAUGACGAGACAUUUUGGAAUGAAUGAAAUUAAGCGUGUGGCACUUUGUUUCAAACCAACUGUGCUCCCUUUCUGAGAUUUGUAUUUUAUUUUAGCAGUUAUUUGAAGCAGACUCCUUACAUUUCAGUUGUUGAAUCUGUCAGCCUGACCAGCGUGGUCACUCCAGGUUUGUUUGAAGAUAUCCAGUUAAACGUCUGACAGUGUUAAACUCUCCUACACAAGCAGGUUAAUAUUCGUACAUGGGGGGGCAAAACAAAAUGUCAUUGUGGGAUAUGAUCUAAAUUGUGUGUAAAGUGGGGUCGCUAUGUUUUUGUUUAUUUUAAACCUAUUAACUCAUUUCAAAGCAACUGUUGUGUUUUCCAUUUCUCACAUUUGGUAAAACAGGUCAUUAAGAUGUUUUUUUCUAUUAAAUGUGCUGCUGUUGGAUUUUCUCAUGACAUUUAACAUUUUAGUUGUAAUAUCUCCAAAUUACCACAGAAUGUGCUCUGGACAAAAAAAAAAAAAAAAAGGAAACCUAGCCAAAGAUGCUAACCUACAGUCCCCAGCACGUUCUGUUUCUCAACUUGAGAAGUCCUACACAAAAUACACAAAGAUGGACUUAAUGAAGCCACUGACGGCAUGGACAAACCAGCAUGAGCGAUACUUGUCAAGUAUAAAAAAAAAAAUAUUUGCAUGAAUCUUUUUUGUGUCUUUCAUAUUUGACUCCUGAGCAGCCGAGCCCAGUUGCGUUCUUCUUUACCACUAAACUCUACGGAGAUUGACCGGCAGCUAGCAGUUUGAAGCUAGCUAACACAACAAAGAGCACAGUGCGGUUUGGCAAAAAGGCCUGCUGACAAACAAAAUGGCUGCCGCACAAAGUAACAUGCGGCAGCUUCAUUUUCCUGUCAUGGUUUUCUUGCCCCUGUAUUAUAGUACACUAUGUGGCCAUUCUUCAUAGUUGCUAUAGUUUCUCAAUGAACAGUCCUCUCCCCUGUCAUGUCUAUAUCCCCCUUGACUGCCAUUAUGUUUUUUUGUUAUUGAAUGUCCAUAUAAAAUGUUUUAUAUAAAAAUGUUUUGUUGUGA